AUGUCGGGUAAAUCUAUCGACGAGGUCACAUUUAUGGCCGUGAUCUGGGUCUGUCAGACCAUGACCUUUUCCUUUGUCUUUGUCCGGCUUGCUUUCCAAUAUUGUAUUGAUCGCCAUUGGCAUAUCAAUGAUAUGUUAAUACUAGUGGGUUGGCUGCUAUCCCUAGGCAAUGGGAUUGUCUGGUCUACUGUCUAUAAGCAGAUGUUCCAAGUGCUUCUUCUUAGCCCAGGUGCUACCGAUCUUUCGAGUAUACCGGCUAAUAUCGGGUGGAUCGAGCAACGGUAUCUUCGAGGCCAGCUGGCCAGCUAUCUGCUUUCCUAUACCAGUUUAUGGUUUAUUAAAUUGUCCUUUAUUUUUUUCUUUCGAAAGCUAGGAAAUCGGUACCGUGCGCAGCGUAUCCUUUGGUGGGUGGUUUUGGUCCUUGUUAUUGCCUGCUAUGGGGUGACACUGGGUGUCUUGGAUUAUGCGUGUGAGCUGAGUUCGCUGGAGGAUAGUAUCGAGCUUUGUACAAGUGCACAUUCAAUCUGGUACGAACGCGUUAGUCUAAAGAUAGCUACGAGCAUGGAUAUCGUGUCGGAUGCAGCUAUCAUUGUUCUUUCCGGCAAUGUUAUGUGGAAAGUUCAGAUAAACUGGUCAAAGAAACUGGCAUUAAUCGGGGUUAGCUUCUUGACAGGGUUCAUUAUCGUCAUUGCGUUGGUGCGGCUGUUACUCAGUGUCUCAGGAGAGGGUAUCCUAAACCCAGCAUGGCUUGUCCUGUGGAAUGCGGUUGAGAUCUGCGUCGCGGUUAUCGUUGCCUGUCUGGCAUCUUUCUGGACUUUCUAUAUCAAGUUCAAGCGGCCAUCAUGCGAUCCCAAUAAGCGGAGGCAUCGCUUUCCGAAUGGCAAUUACGCCUCCCUCGAAACACCGAUCUUACUCGAGGAGGGUAUAAGUGAGAGCAACAAGGUAAAAAGUAUGACAUAUCACGAAUGGUUUUGA